GCAUCCUGACUUCAGUGGUUGGUUUACCAACUGCAGUCUUCAGUUUGGUAUUUCUUGCCUAGAAAGAAAGUCAUAAUUCUCAUCCAUUGUUUCUCGAUUUCAGGCUCCACUGUAAAGGUGGAGACCUGGAAUAGGAAUAUCUUAAAUUUUCUAUAUGGAAACCCCUGAGAAGGAAGACAUGCAAGAACUACAUCGAACCUUGCUGUGCCAAGGCCCUGUGGAACUCACAAGAGGCAAGAAAAAGAAAAAAAGACAUCUAUCCUUAUGUAAUGAUGUUUUGGUUGUGUCUAGUAACCUGAAUAAAAAAAAAUUUAAGAUAAAAUGUAUCAUCCCACUGUAUUACCUGUGGGCCGUAGAUGAUGUGGACCUAGUAGAGAACAACAAAGCCUAUAUUUACAAGACUCUUUACCUCUUUUGGCCCACCGGAAAUAUUGUGGCCACCUUUCGUUCGAAAGAACAAAAAGAACGAUGGUAUUACUAUCUCACAAGAGUCAUUGAUGAAGCCAAGAAGGAUAUCAAGAAGAAAUUCUCACUGCCGAUAUUCACUGAUGACAUCCCAAGCUGUGACAGUCCUUUAUAUGUAACAACAACAAGCACCGAGACUGUGAAUGAUACUAUCAACAAGUUACUACCAAUGAUAAGAAUGCCUAACAGUGAAGAUUACCAACUGUGGUUCUGUCUGGGCCAUGAGGAAGCUCCAAGAGCACUCCAAGGCUAUGAGUAUCUACACGACAUUAUAAUGACUAACCUUCAAAAUACAUUCAGUAGAACAAACUCAAGAACUUUCACAGCUUUUCCAGCUUUACCUGGGCUGUUUGUGAAAGACCUAAAUUCGGAUGCACAGGGGCAAUUCAUUUUAAAGCCCCGAGACUCAGCUAGGAGCCAGCAACAAAAAACUAAGAAUGGCAAGAGCUUCACUUUGACAUUUGAAAACAAUAGAAAACUGAUUGAUGUGAACAAAAGUGAGAGUGGCUAUGAAAAUGGAUUUGACAGCCGUAUAAAUUACACUAUUCCAGGUAAUGAUCUUUUCUCUUCCUUAAAUGUAAAGGAAAGACCUUGUAAAAAACAUAGACCAUUCUUUACAUCCUGUUUACACAAGGGCUCUGGGCCCCACCACGAGGAAGUGUUCAGUGGCCCGACUCUAAAUAGAGGAAAACUAUUUGGCCAAGAGUUGACAAUCUGUCAAAAUGGGAAGUGGCCCAUGGAAAUUCUGGACAUUCUGUCUCUAAUAAAAGAGAAAGGCCCAACAACAGAGGGGGUAUUUAUGACACCUCCGAAUGGAAGAGCAUGGAUAUCAUUGAAAAAACAACUUGAUUCUGGGCUAGAGGUGGACCUAAAAAAGUACUCUGUGCAUGAAGUGGUUUGGAUUUUCAAGGAAUUUCUUGGAUCUAUUAAAGGAAGUCUGAUGACUUAUAAAUUAUAUGACCGGUGGCUUGCUAUAUCCCAAAUGGUCGAUGACAAAGAAAAACUAGCAGCAGUGCAGAGUCAUUUAGAAAUACUCCCGGAACCCAAUGCUGCUCUUCUGGGACAACUUUUUAAGAUCUUGCACAAAAUUGUGAGCAAUUCUUCUGUUAACAAAAUGCCACCUCACAUCUUAUCUGCUAGGAUAGCGCCAUAUAUCUUAUGCCUUCCUAGCUACCACAAUGAUGUGCUGGCAAAUGAUAUUUUCAAAAAGUUUUCUUUGGUAACAUUCAUGAUUGAAAACUCUCCAAAAAUUUUUGUUAAAUAUUUCGUUUUAAUUUGGUACGAAACAUCACUGUCUCAUCCACAAGAAGCAAAGGCCUCAUGUUCUCAGAAUACUCCAUCUAACACCGAGAACAUAAAGGAAACAGAACAUGGACUCAGCAGCUGCCCCAGUGGGAGGACAUGCACCCCUGGCCAUUAUGCUCUACCUAUAGGCACAGCUGAUCCUCUUCUCUGUAAGGGCAUUACAGGUGUGUAUAGAUGUUCUACUACCAUUACUUACAAGUUAGGAUCAUUUAACAAAUGAUAGCAAUAAAGAAUUUACUAAUCAAUGUGAAAGAAAAUUUCACUUGUGUGUUAUAGAUAAUUUCCUAUUAUAAGAAAUUGCCUCCAAAUUUUGAUA